GGCGCUUCCGGAUAGGUCGGGAAGGCCAGGCAGGCAGGCCAGUCAUGGAGGCGGCCGGAGUGGCCCCCAUCCGAGCCCAAUACCGCUGCACGAAAGAGGACUUCCAUGCCCACCUUGAGAAGGAAGAGAAGCCGAGGAAAGAUCCAGAUGGAGCCAAGAAUGAUCUUCAGGGUGCUGAGCGAGGGGAGCCGCCUGUCAAGCUGCAGAAGCUGGAACUUGAUGGGGCCCGGGAAGAGAAGCCUGCGGAAGUGGCCGUUGCCGGUGAGAGAACCCCAGAGCCUCCGGGACGGAAGAGACUGCGAGGGCAAAACAAGAACCGUCAUUGCAUGAAGCCGGCUCACUACGAGAAGCAGCGCUUGUGCCCCUCCAUAGUUCAGCUGGAUCUGCGUGGCAAGCUCUACUUGGCCCCUCUGACCACGUGCGGCAACCUUCCCUUCCGUCGGGUGUGCAAAGGCUACGGGGCGGACGUCACCUGCGGAGAGAUGGCGGUGUGCACCAACCUCCUUCAGGGACAGUCUUCCGAAUGGGCGUUGCUAAAGCGCCACGAGACCGAGGAUCUCUUUGGGGUUCAGGGCGGCGGAUGUGCCCUGAUGACCCGCACCAAUAAGUUUGAGCAAAUCAUCCGCGGCAUGAACUCCGUCCUGGAUGUUCCCCUGACGGUUAAGAUCAGAACAGGCGUGCAAGAGAAAAUGAACCUGGCUCAUAAACUGAUCCCCCACCUCCGAGAAUGGGGAGCCUCGUUGGUCACGCUCCACGGCCGAUCGAGAGAGCAGAGGUACACAAAGAUGGCAGACUGGGGCUACAUAGCAGAGUGUGUCCAAGUGGCCAGCCCCAUGCCCCUCUUCGGAAACGGUGAUAUUUUUUCUUUCGAAGACGCUAACCGAGCCCUGCAGAGCGGAGUUUCAGGGGUCAUGAUUGCCCGGGGAGCCCUCAUCAAACCCUGGAUCUUCACCGAGAUCAAAGAGCAGCGGCACUGGGACAUCUCCUCCCGGGAAAGGCUGGGCAUCCUCCAGGACUACACGAACUACGGCCUGGAGCACUGGGGCUCAGACACCCAAGGCGUGGAGAAGACCAGGAAGUUCUUGCUGGAGUGGCUUUCCUUCCUCUGCAGAUACAUCCCCGUCGGCUUGCUGGAGCGCCUGCCGCAGCGGAUCAACGAAAGGCCCCCUUACUACGUGGGCCGGGACUACUUGGAGACCCUGAUGGCUAGCCAAAACGUGGACGACUGGGUGAAGAUCAGCGAGAUGCUGCUGGGCCCCGUUCCUGCCAACUUCUCUUUCCUGCCGAAACACAAAGCGAAUUCUUACAAAUAGGGCGGCCGGAGGAGAAGCACCGGACGUCUUCCGCCUGCUGCCGCUCACCUGUCUUCUGUUUAUUUGAAUCAAUAAAAUAAAUGUCCUUUUUUUAAAAAUAAAAA